UAUAAAAAAACUUCCCUCUCAAUAUCUUUUCAAUAUUAUCUUCUCUUUUUUCCUCUACUUCUUCUUUCAAGUUCAUACCAAAAAAAAAAAAUGGAAGAAUUUGAUUCUUUAUGGAGUUACCAAGAGACUAUGGAUGAAAUGAAACAAAAGCUUUUAUACACAAGUCUUGAAGUUGAAAGACUCAAUAUGGAAGCAAGUGAAGAAAAGAGGAAGAACAAUCAACUAAUCCAUCUCAUUAAAUUAGCUUAUCAAGAAAGAGAUGAAGCAAAAAAUCACCUACACAAAUUACUCAACAAAAUAAAUCAAUCUCAAAUCAUCAACAUUGAUAGUACUACAACUACUACAACAAUUGAAUCAAAUAGUCUUAGUGAAACAUACAACAAUUCAUCAUCAUUAUCUCCUAUCGAGUCAUUUUUGGACGUUGUUUCGUCUCCUGAACAAUACAACACUCUUCCUCUUAUCGCGCAACAAGUAGAGAAUGAUGAUGAUCAAGGUUCGUUGAUUAUCGAUAGACUUGUCAAAGGAAAGACAUUGCCUCAACAAGGCAAGUUUUUACAAGCUGUGCUUGAAUCAGGUCCACUAUUGCAAACAUUACUUGUAGCUGGUCCGUUACCUAGAUGGCGUAAUCCGCCUCAAUUUAAACCGUUGCAUAUUCCUCCUGUUACGAUUAAAAAUUGUGAAGGUGUCAUGAUGAAUGAUUGUUAUGGUUCAUCAGUGAUCAACAAUACUCAACCUUAUUUUGACAUGGCUUGUGCAUCAUCACCUUACUUAGGUCCAAAUUGUAACAAUUUUGUCCAUAUAAACAAGAGACAAAGGUUGCAGUGACACUAUAGUUUUGUAUAAAACUCAUUUUUUUUAGCUUUUAAUUUAAUGAUUACCAUCUAUGUUUCAACUUUUUA